UUCAGAAAUGGAUAUUGGCUUAGCAGUUGGUGGUGCAUUUCUCUCUUCAGUCCUGCAAGUCCUAUUCGAUAGGCUUGCUCCUCAGGGCGAGCUGCUGAAGAUGUUUCGAAGGGACAAGCAUGAUCUUCGGAUUUUAAAGAAGCUGAGGAUGACUUUGCUCAGUCUUCAGGCUGUACUAAGUGAUGCAGAGAAUAAGCAAGCAUCAAGUCCAUACGUGAGUCAGUGGCUUAAUGAGCUUCAACAUGCUGUGGACAGUGCUGAGAAUUUAAUUGAAGAAGUCAAUUAUGAAGUUUUGAGACUAAAGGUGGAAGGUGAUCAGUGUCAAAAUCUUGGAGAAACACGUCACCCGCAGGCAAGUCACCUCAGCUUGUCCUUGAGUGAUGAUUUUUUUCUUAACAUAAAGGAUAAGUUGGAAGACAACAUUGAAACAUUGGAGGAGUUGCAAAAGCAAAUUGGCUUCCUUGACCUGAAAUCGUGUCUUGAUUCAGGUAAACAAGAAACUAGAAGACCUUCAACUUCUUUGGUUGAUGAAUCUGAUAUCUUUGGUAGGCAAAAUGAAGUAGAGGAAUUGAUAGGCCGUUUAUUGUCUGAGGAUGCAAAUGGAAAAAAUUUGACUGUAGUUCCUAUUGUUGGAAUGGGGGGCGUUGGCAAGACAACACUUGCUAAAGCUGUUUACAAUGAUGAGAAGGUAAAAGACCAUUUUGAUUUGAAAGCUUGGAUCUGUGUGUCUGAACCAUAUGAUGCUGUCAGAAUAACAAAUGAGCUACUUCAAGAAAUUAGAUCAUUUGACUGUAUGAGUAAUAACACCCUUAAUCAACUUCAGAUCGAAUUGAAGGAAAGCUUGAAAGGCAAAAAGUUUCUUAUUGUUUUAGAUGAUGUCUGGAAUGAUAACUAUGAUGAGUGGGAUGACUUGAGAAAUACAUUUGUACAAGGAGAUACAGGAAGUAAGAUCAUUGUGACGACACGUAAGGAGAGUGUUGCCUUGAUGAUGGGCUGUGGGGAAAUGAAUGUGGGCACUCUCUCUAGUGAAGUCUCUUGGGCUCUAUUCAAACGACAUUCAUUAGAAAACAGGGAACCUGAGGAACAUACAAAACUUGAAGAGAUCGGAAAACAAAUUGCACACAAGUGCAAAGGAUUGCCUUUAGCUCUAAAGGCAAUUGCUGGUAUUUUACGCUCCAAAUCCGAGGUGGAUGAGUGGAAAGACAUUUUAAGAAGUGAAAUAUGGGAGCUGCCAAGUCGUUCGAAUGGAAUCUUACCAGCAUUGAUGUUGAGCUACAAUGAUCUUCCUGCACAUUUGAAGCGGUGUUUUGCUUUUUGUGCAAUAUAUCCGAAAGAUUAUCUAUUUUGCAAAGAACAAGUUAUUCACCUGUGGAUUGCUAAUGGUAUUGUACAGCAGUUGGAUUCAGGUAACCAAUUCUUUGUCGAGUUGAGAUCAAGAACAUUGUUUGAAAGGGUCCGAGAGUCUUCUGAAUGGAAUCCGGGGGAAUUCUUAAUGCAUGACCUUGUCAAUGAUUUGGCCCAAAUUGCGUCUUCAAAUCUGUGUAUCAGGUUGGAAGACAUCAAAGCAUCUCAUAUGUUGGAACGAACUCGACACUUGUCAUAUUCAAUGGGUGAUGGUGAUUUUGGUAAACUGAAAACCCUCAACAAAUUGGAGCAAUUGAGAACAUUGCUUCCCAUCAAUAUCCAGCGGUGUUUAUGCCGUCUAAGCAAAAGGGGGCUGCAUGACAUAUUGCCAAGACUAACAUCCCUAAGGGCACUAUCACUAUCUCAUUAUAAGAUUGAGGAGUUGCCGAAUGACUUGUUUAUCAAAUUUAAGCACCUAAGAUUUUUGGACCUUUCUUGGACAAAGAUAAAAAAGUUGCCAGAUUCAAUUUGUGUACUGUACAACUUAGAGACACUUCUCUUGUCACAUUGUAGUUAUCUCAAGGAGCUACCUCUGCAGAUGGAAAAAUUGAUCAACUUGCGUCACCUUGACAUUAGCAAAGCUCAAUUGAAGACACCUCUACAUCUGGGCAAGUUGAAAAAUCUCCAUGUGCUAGUGGGAGCUAAAUUUUUUCUUACUGGUUCCAGUGGUUUGAGAAUUGAAGAUUUGGGUGAACUACAUAACUUAUAUGGAUCUCUAUCAAUUAUAGAGUUGCAAAAUGUGAUUGAUAGAAGGGAAGCUCAUGAAGCAUACAUGAGGGAAAAGGAAGAUGUUGAAAAGUUAUCAUUGGAGUGGAGUGUAAGUAUUGCCAACAAUUCACAAAAUGAAAGAGACAUACUUGAUGAGCUACAACCAAAUACAAACAUGAAAGAACUCCAAAUUGCCGGAUAUAGAGGGACAAAAUUUCCAAAUUGGCUAGCUGAUCAUUCAUUUCAUAAGCUAAUGGAAUUGUCUCUUAGCUACUGCAAGGACUGUGAUUCCUUGCCAGCGCUAGGACAGCUUCCUUCUUUGAAAUUCCUCACCAUUAGAGGGAUGCAUCAAAUAACAGAGGUGAGUGAAGAGUUCUAUGGUAGUUUGUCCUCCAAAAAGCCAUUUAACUCCCUUGAGAAGCUUGGCUUUGCAGAGAUGCCGGAGUGGAAGCAGUGGCAUGUACUGGGUAACGGAGAAUUUCCUAUACUUGAAGAACUCUGGAUUAAUGGUUGCCCAAAGUUGAUUGGGAAGUUGCCUGAAAAUCUUCCUUCUCUGACACGAUUGAGAAUUUCAAAAUGCCCUGAACUCAGUUUGGAGACGCCUAUCCAACUUUCAAAUUUAAAAGAGUUUAAAGUUGUUGGUUGUCCUAAGGUUGGAGUUCUUUUUGAUGAUGCUCAACUGUUUACAUCUCAACUUGAGGGAAUGAAGCAGAUUGUUGAAUUAUCUAUUACUGAUUGUCACUCUCUUACCUCCUUACCUAUUAGCAUUUUGCCAAUUACUUUGAAAAAAAUAGAGAUACAUCGUUGCAGGAAAUUGAAAUUGGAGAUGCCAGUUAGCGGAUGUUGUAACAUGUUUCUGGAGAAUUUGCAACUGCAUGAAUGUGAUUCUAUAGAUGAUAUAUCACCUGAGCUGGUCCCAAGAGCACGUUCUUUGAGGGUAGAGCAAUACUGCAACCCAAGGCUUUUGAUUCCUCCUGGGACGGAAGAACUUUGUAUUUCUUUAUGUGAAAAUCUUGAAAUACUUAUAGUGGCAUGUGGGACUCAGAUGACAUCAUUGGAUAUUUACAACUGCAAGAAGCUGAAGUCGCUGCCUGAGCAUAUGCAGGAACUCCUUCCAUUUCUUAAGGAACUGACGCUGGAUAAAUGUCCAGAAAUAGUGUCCUUUCCAGAAGGAGGAUUGCCCUUCAAUUUACAAGUCCUUUGGAUCAAUAAUUGCAAGAAACUAGUGAAUCGACGCAAUGAGUGGCGUUUACAGAGACUCCCCUCUCUGAGACAGUUAGGGAUCAGCCAUGAUGGCAGUGACGAAGAGGUUCUUGCUGGUGAAAACUUUGAGUUGCCUUGUUCUAUUCGAUGUCUUUACAUAUCCAAUCUGAAAACAUUAAGCAGCCAACUUCUCAAAAGUCUCACCUCUCUUGAAUCUCUAUGUGUUAAUAAUUUACCUCAAAUUCAGUCACUGCUGGAAGAAGGGCUUCCCUUGUCUCUUUCUGAGCUAGAAUUAUAUUUCCAUCAUGAUCUCCAUUCGCUACCGACCGAAGGUCUUCAGCGCCUCAAGUGGCUUCAAAGUUUAGCAAUUUUUCGCUGUCCUAAUCUCCAAUCUCUUGCCAGAUUGGGGAUGCCCUCCUCACUCUCUGAGCUGGUCAUUAUUGAUUGCCCUAGUCUCCGAUCACUUCCAGUAAAUGGGAUGCCCUCUUCCAUCUCUACACUAACUAUUUACAAAUGCCCAUUGCUCAAACCUCUCCUAGAAUUUGACAAGGGAGAAUACUGGCAAAAAAUUGCUCAUAUUUCCACCAUAAAUAUUGAUGGAGAAUUCCAGUAAUGGUACUCUAGAUAAAUAUAUCAAUGACUAGAAAAUGAGUUCCUGAGAGUUUCCAAUGGAUCGGAUGGCAUCAUAUCCCAGUGAUUGAAAACACAUUGUGGGAAGGCUUUCCCUGAAGGAGCAGCUGUCAAACUAUACGAGAAACCGAAUGACUCGAUAAAAGGAAGGUAUGCCUUGAUGUCCUAAAGAGGGGUGCCAAGCCUCUGCAACUCCUCAAACAUGUGUCCAUGUUUCUCGUUCAGAACACUGUAGAUGCCACCAAGUGAAUCUCGAAGAGGUAAACAGGCUCUAACAAAUGAGGCUUGGCAGUGAGUUGAGAAGCAUAAAUAGCCUACUGGAAACCAGCAACGACAGAAUCCUUAAUUUCAUUCAGUGUGUAGUGUCUAUUGCACUGUGAAGCCGAAGAAUCAUCUUCAGAUCAGGAUGAUUUUGAUGUUCGAUGCAAAAAAGAAGGUGAAAAAAUAUUUCUAUUCAGGUGGGAACACUAUAAAUGAAGUCUGGUAUAGGUAGCAAUUGAAAUAACUUGCUCCAUGAAGUUGAUAGCUUAAUGUAAUAAUAAUCAACUUGUGAUCUUUUGCCAUGCACAUAUAUGUUAUCUGGAAGCUAUUUCGUCUUUAGGAAAUUUAUCUCAAUAGCAAUUCAUGUAUUCUUGUUUCAUAUCUCACUCUUUAUUCUUACUUGAAGAUUUUACUUCAUUUAUUGCUUGAACUUCUAUCUUAGUAGCAAUUUCUCAUUCCCAAGCUCUGUA